AUGGGGCGGAAAUUGGAUAGACGAUGGGAAUGCUUGUCACAACUCAGCAAUCCAGAUGAGGUUACUUUAGCCCAUUUAAAGAAGUUCUACCGACUGGAAGACCAAGCAUGUCCCCUCGACGCCUGCCGUUCCAUGUGCAAAGGGAAUACACGAUGUCUGAACCACAUUACUGACGCAGAAGAAGUCACAAUUCCAUCAGAAGAUGUUGAGGAAUUCUCGGAUAACGUAAAUGACAUCGUAUUAAAUCGCAGCGGCCUUCGAAACUACGGAAGCACCUGUUACCUUAAUGCUUUUCUUCAGAUCUACUUCCACUUUGCUGAGCUUCGCCAAGCCAUCUACCAAUUGCCUUAUAAUCAAUCCUUCCCCGAGGGCGUGGUCGAGCAGUUACAGUUGAUCUUCAGCCAAAUGCAACUCAGUCGUGAGGGUCUUGUUGAUCCCGGCGGUUUGAUUGAAGCGCUGCAUCUCUCAGAGCGUGAUCAACAGGAUGCGCCAGAAUUCCACAGCCUGUUUAUGAGCCUCCUUGAGACUCGCUUCUCCUCCGUCGGUCAAACAGUCAUCCGCGAUCUUUUCCAGGGCUCCUGUGUCUACGAGACUCGCUGCCAGAUAUGUGGAUUUGUGUCUCGACUUCCCUCACAAUUCCUUGAACUCGAUAUCAAGGUCGCCACGGGCCGCCUUGAAGAAUACAUCCAGAAAUAUCUUGCUGAGGAGGAACUAACGGGCGACAAUCAGUACGCCUGUCCGCAGUGCGCCACGAAGCGGGACGGGUCACGACGAGUGCGCAUCACGGCGACACCACUGAUGCUGUGCAUCCAACUCCUUCGCUUCAACUACGAUCAGCGUCUUGGCCGACGGGUGAAGCAGGCGGCUCCAGUCCGUCUUCCUGAUCUCCUCGAUAUGACACCCUACAUCUCGCCGGAAGACCCAUCCAGUCCGACCGAAAACAACGAAAAGAAGCGUUUUCUUUAUCGCUGCUCGGGUGUUCUCCUACACCUCGGGCGCUAUUCAACCUCUGGGCACUACAUCGCUGUAGUACGCUGUUCCGAUGCUGACAAGGACUUCUGGAAGGUUUGCAACGAUGAGCGGGUCUUCACCGUUCCUGUGGACGAGUUCGACCUUUCUAAAGUGAACACGACUGCCACCAGUGCUACAAGUGUCCGUUCCACUCCGAAGAAGCCCGCCUCUGUAUCGAGUAAACCAGCGCCAAUGGUAAUCGACAGCGAUACAGUUGAAAAUGACAACACUGCCAAUGUGGACGGUGAUAAUGUCUAUCAUGUCUCACCCUCCGCCUACAUGGUCUUCUACCGUCUGGUCGAGGCUGAUGACGCGCCGAUGAAUAAUGGUCCUGCGAUGGAGGUUGAUGUUCCGGACCAUCUUCGUCGGGUUGUUGAUGCGACUAAUGUGGUGUUUACGAUGGAGAACCUAAACAGGCGUCUGGAAAAGAUUGAACAGAAACAGCUGACACUUGGUCGGAUAAUUCUGCGGCGCUACAUUCUUGAACAUCUUCGCACUGUCACGGGAAAGGAGUUACUUCCACGGAAACGCCGGAAGCCGAAUUCCUCCGUUACCAGCAAUGAUGAUGCCAACGAUGUUGUUAACAGCACUGUCAACGUCGUUGAUUCAAUUGGUGACGAUCCCGAUGCCGAAGACUCCACUGAUGCUGACCUCGAUGACAUUUGCAUCGUUCCGACGUGGUGGUUAGCUGAGUGGCUUAACGAACCUCAGUUUCCACCGCCCCAGUUACACUUCCCACCUCACGACAAAGACGUCUUUGUUGAAGCUCGUGAAUUCGUUGGUGCCCUGCCGCUCUUCUGCACACACAAUCGUAUCUCACCAAACGUCCACUCGCAGCACAUCAGAGCAGUGUCGCGAUCUGGUUUAUCGCUGUGUUUCAACCUCUCUCUGGAUCUCGACAACUGCGAAGUGAUCGCUCCCGACUCCGUUUCCUCGCCUUUCACCUCGAUAGAGGCGGUCGCUGCUCUUUCCCCCUGUAUUGGUUGUCUCCGAUGGCGAGUGGCGGUGAAAGGCUUCAAUAAGGAGUGUAAUGCUCUCACCAAAGACAUCAGCCGGUGGCGACGUGCUAGCAAAGGUGGGGUUUGGCCUCUUGUCCCCGGUGCUGAGUCUGCUGUCUCCUCUUCUCCAUCACGAGUGUACUUCCUCGGGAUGAAAUCAUUCACCAAUUGGCGGUCUUUUGCACAGACGUAUUUUUGUGCUGCUGCUAAGGCUUCCUCCUGUCCCCCUACCACGGAUUUCAACAAGGACGCCGUGUGUCCACACAAUCACCUGUUGGCGGACAACAUUCGUUGUCUUCCGCCUUCCCUGUGGCAUCGAAUAGUGGCCCUGUUUACCCUGCCCAAUUCUACUGCAACGGCUACCAUACCGGAAUAUCCCAGCGACUGCUGUGAUCUCUCCCCAUGUCUUCAGUGUGCUGAUGUCAAGGAGAAUUUACUCGCUAGAGCGCAGAACGAACGAGAGGCUUUAUCGGGGAUCCUAACGGCUCUCACUUCUGGGUCUUCACAAAGGCAGUUGGACGGGCUAAUCACCGGUGUUGAAACGGAAUUGGCAGAAGCCAAUGAAGGCAACCGAUCCAUCUACCUUGUGCCAACAGAAUUUAUACAGCAGUGGCGCCGCUAUCUACGACUGCCUGCCGCCAUCGCGCCCCCUGUUGAACUGCCCUCUGGUCUGGAGGCAGCGGGAGUGCUCUGCAUCCAUGAAUGCCUUCAAAUGCCCUGGAACGAACUUCUGGAAGAUAAUUUGGUCUAUCCCCUCUCCUCCUACGAAUGGCAUGCUAUGAGCCAAUUCUACUCCGUCACUUCUGACCAUCGUCCACUGCGUUUGGUCGCGUUGCCAAACGAUGAAAAGCAGGAGGGGAUGGAUCAGGACGAUGAGACGGGGACGGCAGCAUUGCCAAAGCAACAGCGGUUCUCUCUUGUAGGCUCACCGGAGGUCUGCGAUGAGUGCUACGCUCUGGUGCAACAACGGCGAUGCAACUUCGUUGCCGCCCGCAUUUUUAUUCGCCAGGUGGCAGGACCGGCUGAGGCUUUAGCUUUCAACUCCACGUCUCCUGCCUCCUCUACCUCAUUGGAACAGACGACAUCGUCCAUUCAAUCCCCAACGAGGGAGGCGACAUCUGCAAACGCCGCCGUGGUGCGGCGCUCCCAGCGAAGGCGUGUUAGUCGUGAGGACAGCAUUCUUCGCGUGAACAGUUUCACCAAGCUGAUUGACUUGCGGGUCCAACUCAUCAAUGUCGUUGGUGCAGCGCCGUAUGAUCAACACAUCCUGCUCGAUGGGGUGGAGUUGACGGAUAACACGAGCAGCCUCUACCAACUGGGAAUUCGACCGGAAACUCGCCUCCUCGUCUGGAUCGACACACCCAACUCGGAAGCCAUCGCUGAGGCCUCGAAAAAACCACCCACCACUCCAUCAAGCAGUGCCAAUAACUCGUUCUCGCCCGCUGAUCGUCAAGUGGAGACGGGAUUCAAGGGAACACGGUUAUUGGACUACUGGUCACCUGAUGAAAAAAAUUCCUCACUUUCUGGCGUCUCUUGA